UUUGAGCAAGAUGUCGCGCGAUACUAUGCUCACAUCUCCUGCAGAACUCAUCGGUAAUACGCCACUUCUCAAGCUGAGCCAUGUCACAAAAGGAUUGGACGCAACUAUAGCGGCAAAGAUUGAGUACAUGAACCCAGUUGGCUCAGUAAAAGACCGCAUCGCCUUCAAUAUGCUUGAAACAGCUGAGAAAGCAGGGAAAAUAACACCAGGAAAGACAGUACUGAUCGAACCAACAAGCGGAAACUUUGGUAUUGCACUGGCAUUCUGUGCGAAUCUGAAAGGAUACAAGGUUAUAUUCACUAUGCCAUCAUCAAUGAGCGUCGAGAGACGAACUCUUAUUAAGGCCUUUGGAGCUGAGGUGGUGCUGACAGAUCCCUCGAUAGCUGUAAGAGGUGCCAUUGAAAGAGCAUAUGAGUUAGCCAAGGUCAUUCCUAACUCAUAUGUUAUGAACCAGUUCUCGGAUCCUGCAAAUACGGAAGCACAUUACAAAACGACAGGACCGGAAAUUUGGAAACAGACCAAUGGAAAAGUCGACAUCUUGGUCUUGGGAGUAGGCUCCGCUGGUACAUUUUCAGGUGCGGCACGUUAUCUGAAGGAGAAGAACCCUAAGAUUCAGUGCUACCCGGUUGAACCUGUUGAAUCAUCUGUCAUUAACGGCAUGAAGCAUAGUCCGCACAAGAUUCAAGGUAUGGGUAUUGGUAUAGUCCCAGAAUGCCUUGAUCGCACGCUUUUCACUGAAGCUCUUCGUGUACAUUCUGACGAUGCCAUUGCGAUGGCGAAGCGGCUGGCGAAGGAAGAAGCGAUUUUGGGUGGAAUCUCGUCCGGUGCCAACGUCUGUGCAGCUAUACAGCUAGCAAAGCGACCAGAGAACAAGGGCAAGCUUAUUGUAACAGCUAUCAACAGUUUUGGAGAGCGAUAUCUAUCCACAGCUUUGUACUCGGAUUUACGUGAGAAAGCCGCCUCUUUGAAGGAGAUGACUUUUGACGAAUCCCUCGCUGUCGCGAAAGCCUUCCUCGGAAUUUGAAGUGGAUUUCUUUGAUAGUCUUUAAAGUAAUUAGUUCUAUUAUUGCCGGAAGUAAAGAAUGUGCUUAUAAC